AUGGGUGGAGACUUAGAUCGAGAACGCAAAACAGAGAAAAUUAAAAGGAAGGAGGACAGAAGUGUGCUUUAUUUAUAUGUUGGCUUACCUCCUGAUAUACAGAUUCAGUAUGAAGAAACCAUUGAAUUAGUGGAUCUCAGAAGCAAAGCCAUUGGUGUAGUGUACAAACCACAGAUCUCCGAAGUAGAAGAUGGAAAUGUGAGUGUUGAGGAAUCGAGAUCUAAGCUAAAAUGGAGCUUUCUGCAACAGCAUAGCAGAACCAGAGAGAUAAGGAAAGGUAGGAAAGAUGGAGUAGUCACCAGAGGUUGGUGA